UGCGAAUCUCGAUUUUGGAUAGCCUGGACCUAUAAAUAGCAUUGACGUCAGGUAUUUCGGCAUAGGCUAUCCCAGAAGUCUCCGGACUAUCCUUUUUAGUCACGUGACUCUCUUCCUCUGUCCUUUUCUGCGGUGGUACUGAACGUGUGAGCAGCGGUUUCAUAUCUACCAAUCAACACUUCAAAAUGGGUAAAGAAAAAGUUCACAUCAACAUUGUCGUCAUUGGUCAUGUCGACUCUGGUAAAUCUACUACUACUGGUCACUUGAUUUACAAGUGUGGUGGUAUUGAUGAGAGAACAAUUCAGAAGUUCGAAAAAGAAGCACAAGAGAUGGGCAAGGGUUCCUUCAAGUAUGCCUGGGUAUUGGAUAAAUUGAAAGCUGAACGUGAGCGUGGUAUCACCAUUGAUAUUGCUCUCUGGAAAUUCCAAACUGAGAAGUUCUAUGUUACUAUUAUUGAUGCUCCUGGUCAUCGUGAUUUCAUCAAGAACAUGAUUACUGGUACAUCCCAGGCUGACUGUGCAGUGCUGAUUGUUGCUGCUGGUACUGGUGAGUUUGAGGCUGGUAUUUCAAAGGAAGGUCAGACUCGUGAACAUGCACUAUUAGCUUACACUCUUGGUGUCAAACAGUUGAUUAUUGGUGUAAACAAGAUGGACAGCACCACCCCUCCAUACAGUGCUCAACGUUUUGAGGAAAUUAAGAAUGAAGUUAGCAACUACAUCAAGAAAAUUGGUUACAACCCUGUUUCAGUACCAUUUGUUCCAAUUUCUGGUUGGGUUGGUGACAACAUGCUUGAAGACUCACCUAACAUGCCAUGGUACAAGGGUUGGGCUAUCGAACGCAAAGAUGGCAAUGCUUCUGGUAAAACUUUGAUCAAUGCUUUGGAUGCCAUUCUGCCACCAUCACGUCCAACAGACAAACCCCUCCGUCUGCCACUUCAAGAUGUUUACAAAAUUGGAGGUAUUGGAACUGUCCCAGUCGGCAGAGUUGAGACUGGUGUUCUCAAGCCUGGCAUGGUUGUCACAUUUGCACCAUCUAAUGUAACAACUGAGGUUAAAUCUGUUGAGAUGCACCAUGAAGCUCUUCAGGAAGCCACACCUGGUGACAAUGUUGGUUUUAACAUUAAGAAUGUGUCUGUCAAAGAAAUUAGAAGAGGAAACGUAGCUGGUGACAGCAAAAAUGAUCCACCCAAGAACACUAAGCAGUUCCAUGCUCAGGUUAUCAUUCUGAACCAUCCUGGUGAGAUUAAGAAUGGUUAUGCGCCUGUGCUUGAUUGCCACACUGCUCACAUUGCCUGCAAAUUUGCUGAAAUCAAGGAGAAAUGUGAUCGUCGUUCUGGCAAAAAGCUUGAAGACAACCCCAAAUUCGUCAAGUCAGGUGAUGCUGCAAUGGUUGACUUGGUUCCUACCAAGCCCAUGUGUGUCGAGUCCUUUGUUGAUUACCCACCCCUUGGACGUUUUGCUGUCCGUGACAUGAAGCAGACAGUGGCUGUAGGUGUCAUCAAGUCAGUUGUCAAGGAGGAUCUAGCCGCUGGCAAAGUAACCAAGGCUGCUGCUAAAAAGAAGUGAAUAGUACUGGAACCCUUGCCAAAAACUACAGGGCUUCUGAAGAAAUAUUUUUUGACAUACACUAUCAAUCAUCCAAGUCCUGACAAGUUAUACCACCAUUAUAGCAGCAGUGAAAGUAUCACAGCUGCUUCUUCACCAUUUAAUUUUAUGCCCAUUAAAACGCUGACUCAGUUAAUUUUAAUUUCAUUGUCUAGGUGGCUUCUCCAGUCAAAAUUGCACAGGAAAGAGUUCAGAAGGAAAAAGCCUCAAGACACUUAAGUUAAAUUUUAUUGAAUGUGUAAAGAUACAGUUCCUUUUAAGUGUAAAUUAAACAAUUAAGUCAGUUUUA